GAAGGCAGCGGAUGAAAAGGGUGACAAACCAGCGUUAAAGGUGGAGUCGCCUUUGCCACCACAAGCCGAGAAUGGUACAGCUCCUCCAGCUUUGCCAGAAGAGCAGUGGAAGGCCUGGACUUAUCGCCAGUAUUACGAUGAUGCCCGGAAGGCAGGCAAGGGCUUGAUGCAGCUGGGCUUUCAGCCUUUUGACACUCUGGCCAUUUGGGGUUUUAACGCGCCGGAGUGGAUGCUCAGCGCCUUGGCGGCGGGCUUUGCGGGGGGCAAAGUCGGUGGCCUCUAUCCGACAGAUACACCUGAGACUGCGGCCUUCAAGAUUGCCCACAGUGGUGCCAGUGUGGUGGUGCUGGAGGACAAAGCUAAGUUGGACAGGCUAAUCCCGGCUUUGGCGAAGCGUGAUGAAGCGACUUCUCGCAUCAAGGCCUUCGUGGCUUAUGGAUUUGAACCAGAGGCGAACCUAACAGUGGAGGUCAAGGGAAGCGCCAAGCCUGUGCUGGGUUGGUCUCAAUUCAUGCAGCUGUACAAGGAUGUAGAUGAUUCAACCAUCGACGCCCGUACGCAGGCGGUGAAACCUGGGCAUUGCGCAGUCUUGGUCUACACUUCAGGGACCACAGGUGAACCCAAAGCUGUCAUGCUGUCUCACGACAACAUGGUCUAUGAGACCCGCACAGUGAUGAACAUGGCUCGGGCGCACAUGGGCCUGUGCGCCAAGGCUGAGCAGGAGCGCGUCUUGUCCUACCUCCCACUGUCACACGUGGCGGGGAAGAUGAUUGACGUUUGCUUCCCCUUCGUGGCCACUUCCACGACUCCUGCUUGGGUCACCAUCUACUUCGCCAGGCCCUACGACCUCAAGGCCGGGAGCCUGGGAGAGAGGCUCAAAGUGGCGAGACCAACCGUCUUCUUGGGCGUCCCCUUGGUGUGGGAGAAGAUUGCAGACAAGUUGCGCGCCAUCGGUGCGGCGAACUCGGGCCUCAAGAAGAAGAUCGCAGCCUGGGCCAAAGGAAAGGGCCUCGCGCACUCGAAGGCGUGCUUGUUGGGGGGCGAUGGAACGAAGCCCUUUGCGUAUGGCCUUGCCGAUAAGCUGGCCCUGAGCAAGGUCAAGGCAAAGUUGGGCUUGGAUUGCCUGAAGUUUGGGGCCACUGGAGCGGCUCCCAUCCGGGUGGACACUUUGCAGUACUUCGGCUCCUUGGGGAUCAAUAUCAAUGAGGUCUACGGUAUGUCGGAGUCCUGUGCCGCUUGUACCGUCUCAACGGACCGGGCACACUUCUGGGGCUCUUGCGGCUUUCAGCUUCCGGGGGUAGAGGUCAAGGCGUUUAAGGUGGACCCUUCCGACAACAACAAGAAGGAAGAGGUUCCCCGAGCGCCUGGCAUGGAUGUGAUUGACGAGGCCUACCAGGGAGAGCUGUGCUUUCGGGGUCGCAGUAUCAUGAUGGGCUACCUGGGCCAACCCGACCUGGGUGCUGAACAUGUGCGCCAGAUCGAGAAGAAGACGGGUGAAACCAUCGAUGCGGAAGGAUGGCUGCACUCCGGUGACAAGGGCAUGGUCACCAAGCACGGCAUGGUGAAGAUCACCGGCCGCUAUAAGGAAAUCAUCAUCGGUGCCGGAGGUGAGAAUAUUGCCCCCGUCCCCAUCGAGGACCAUAUCAAGGGCCACUGUGAUGGUAUCAACGAGGUGAUGAUAAUCGGCGACAAGCGCAAGUACAAUGUGGCCAUUGUCACCCUCAAAGCCGUUGGGGCCCAGGGUGAGACUCCCGGCACCGAUCAGCUUGACGCGGGCGCCAAACGAGUGAACCCGAAUGUCUCCAAGAUCAGCGAAGCUAUGGGGGACUCUGUUUGGAUCGAGGCAGUCACGGCAGCCAUCAAGAGUGCCAACAACAACGGCACUGUUUGCCCCAACAACGCCUUCAAGAUCCAAAAGUUCAUGAUCCUUCCGACCAACUUCUCUGAAGAGCAGGGCUUCCUAACGCCAACGAAGAAGCUGAAAAGGGCAGUGGUGGAGAGCGCUUUCAGCAAGCAGAUCGAGAUGAUGUACAACUCGAGUGAGAUGUACGUGCGGUACGCAGAAUGA